AUGGAAACUCCUCCGAAGGAAAUGUUCCAUAGGUCGAUUGGUAAAAACACUAGCAUAUCUAAUAACCUUUGGUAUCUUGAUGAUCCACCUGGAUUUCCGGGUGGUGGAAGACACAGGGUCGUUGAUGACAAUUUCAGUCUCAACUUCUUUCGCAACAAUUCGAAAGAUUUGGAUAUUGAAGUUGAAUGGUUAAACGACCCAGUUCAACCAUUUGUCUCAUCACCUCUAAACAGGAUUACCUCCUUUGUGAUGCCGACGAUGGCAACUGCUGUUGAAAAUUACACUGUCAUGUCGGACCUGUUCGUAUUUGAUGACCUUAAUGAGUAUAUCAGGAGGUUUAAUUUAAGCUCAAACUUGUCGUAUUAUGGUGGAACCAGCUUUAAUUUUAGCAACUGCCGCAAUAAUACGUCAGGUGAUGAGGAAAAAUUAGAGGUUAACAAUUGGUGGGCAUUAAUACUAGUGGUUGUGCCAUGUCUCACUCUUUUCGGUAACGUCCUAGUCAUCCUGGCCGUUACGAGAGAAAAAGCUCUUCAGACGGUUACUAAUUACUUCAUCGUCAGUUUGGCGUUAGCUGAUCUUCUGGUUGCAGUUUUAGUCAUGCCCUUUGCUGUUUAUGUUUUGGUAAGUUGA